GUAUCUCACUAUGAGGUAAGCGGGCCUCACAGGUGUGUUUGAGCUACACUGGUGCAGGCGACUCGUUUUCUCGACCCUUUCCACUAGCGCCGGGAAUCCAUUUCCUGGACCCUUCAUCACCAGCUCAUCGUGGUGGAUGAACUAGAAGAAGGAUGAAGAUAGUUUUUCUUCUUCGCCCCCUCUUUGUCUUGGCUGUGUUUGUGGGACACGCCACUUCGAUGCAUAAGUUUUCAAGAGUUUUAAAUCUCGAAAACCUUCUCCCAAAUGAAAGCCCGUCCAGUACGUCUGGUUCCGGAACCCUGCCGGACUGUGCCGGACUGUGUGCACGAGAUGAUCUCUGCAUCAGCUUCAGUAUCACUGGUGGUCAGUGUUCCAUCUACAGGACAUCCUUGACAACUUCUGAAGGUGCAGACCCCGGGGCCAGGUCUUACAAGAAGGAGGGAGCUGCACCCCAGACAGAUUCAGGGAUGGCACCACCUCUAGUUGCUGCUCCGCCUUAGGAAUGAUUGAACAGAGGACAGGAUUCCGUAUCUGGCUGAAGACAAGAUCACCGAAACGGUCACCUUCGAGAGGAGAGUUUAUAAGUUGGUGUACAAUAAAUAUCAAGAAUAUAGAUGUAAACGUUUGAUUUUUUUUGGGGAAAGAUCUUGAUUUAAUGUCCAUUUUUUCUGUAACACUUCGUCCCAACAAGGGUUGAUAGAUUGUGAUGGCUGCACUGUUCUCGAUUUGUUCUUUUAGCUGUCCAUGACUUCCCUGGAUUGUUCGCCGACGCCAUCUUUGUUUCUUUGAUAUCACGCGCAUUCUCUCAUCCGGGUACCCUGGGUCGUCGGUCGGAGCGGUGAUGCGUUCAUACACUUUUGAAUCCAAGAUGGCCGACCCGAUACGGUUGUUAUAGAAAUUUAUCAUCCAAAACUGGCUCCCACAGGAGAUAUCGCUUGGGUGAGAUCAAGCGAUAUCUACAUUGUAGAUGUCGCUGCAAUGAAAUUGCAUCACAAUGCUUUGCAGACCAUUGUG